CCACCCACCAGGAAGUGCUGCAUCAGAUUUUAGUCACUUCUAAACCACCGACUACCUGUCGUAGUUAUAAUCAUGUAGACAUUAAACAAUUCCUAUUUUAUACACUGUUGUUGCUACGGUGAAUCAUUCAGACAGUCAGUGGACGAAGAAAGUUUAGGAUGUUUUCGUCAUGGUCUCUAAAUCGACACGCAUGUUGAGACCAGGGAAUUGAUUGCACCCAAGCGGUCAACUUUUCCUUGUGACAAAAAUGGCAGAGCAGAGCAGCUCGACAGCUCCAGAACUUCUGAAGCGUAACCUUGACGAGAGGGACGGAGAAGGAGAGACGACCGAAAAUGGCCCUAAACAAAUUCUUCCGGUUAUCGGUAUUAACUUCUGUGAAUCCACGCCUCUUGUGUGGCGUGCAGAUGAGGUGAAGGCUGCUCGCGAGAGGGGUAUCAUCGGAUCUUUGGUCGGUUCGUUAGCGCGACAGCCCCGGCAGAACUGCAGGUUGGGGAGACCGUUGGAGUUGACGGAAGAAGAGGGACGUUUGCUGGUGGACAUAGGCGAAGCUGUACGAAUCCCUCCUAUUGACCCACAGGUUGAGGCCAGGGAAGUGAGCCGGGAGCGCGUGGACCAGUACCACGCAGAUCUCGAUCGAACCUUUGAGGAGCAGAAGGCCCUGGCGCUCGAGGACAGGAAGGCUUGUCUUCUGAGAGUUAUGAGCGGGAAACAAGAUGACAGCUCCCUCCUCUCCCGUCUGGACGACCUGCAGCGCAGCUUCUCCUUCCCUCGGGCGGCCAUGACGGUGCAGCUGUGCACCGCCUCCGCUGGGCUCCAGUACGGCCCCGAGGAGAGGGACUUCCUGUCCGCUGCCCAGCCGGUCCCCCGGGAGCGAGGCUCGGACACGAGGUUCCUGGUCUUCAGAGACCUGAGGCAGCGAGGCUUCUGCCUCACCUCGGCUGGCAAGUUUGGAGGAGACUUCCUGGUGUAUCCUGGUGACCCUCUCCGUUUCCACGCCCAUUUCAUCGCCGUGUGCCUCGACCUGGACGAGUCUCUGCCUCUGAGCGACGUCCUCACCGUGGCACGGCUGGGCUCCAACGUGAAGAAGACGGUGCUGCUGUGUUCUCCGGCCGAGGAGGAGGUGCUGUACACGUCUCUGCAGUGGAGCGGAAUGAUCUAGAACCGCAGUGUCGCUCGAGACGUGUGUGUGGAGUGCCAGCGUGUCUGACAUCGGACCUCAUGUCAGUGGCUGUGUUGUUGGAACUCCCAGGCAGCUUCUCUCUCUCAUCACUGAGAGGAUGUGGUCAUUGCUGUGGUGUAGGUCCCCUGUCGGCCCACCAGGGGGCGAUAAAGCACGCACUGUAACAGAAACUGACUUGUCCUGAAUGUUAGUGUGAUUCAGUCAUAAGGUUUUUCCCUGUCUUAUCAUUUUCCCUCUGUAUACUGAGUGACAUCAUUUUGCCUGAACUGGAGGAUCAACGCCGGUGAUUGAGCAGACUAGAUAAACACAUCUGUUAAAUACAGUUAGGUUU